AUGGUGGACACUGACCAGCAGCGGGCAGAAGCUUCAACCAGUCAGUUAGCUUGCUGCUGGGAUCUUUUGGAUCGUGACUGGAUUGGCGUGACCUUGGAGGACAUUGCCCUGUACUUCUCCAAGAAGGAAUGGAGCCUCCUUGAUGAGGGUCAGAGACAGCUGUACCUGAAUGUGAUGCUGGAGAACUUUGAACUUGUAUCCUCCCUGGGUUGCUGCUGUGGCGCAGAGGAUGUGGCGGCUCCCCCUGAACAGAAGGUUUCUGUAAGAGUGUCACAGGCCAGGAAUCCCAAGGUAGCCUUGUCCUCCCAGAAGAGCCACCCCUGUGGGAGUUGUGGGCCGGUCUUGGGAAACAUUUUCCAUCUGUUUGAACUGAAGGAAACCCAACACAGCCAGAUACUGUUGAGGUGUGGGGCAUGUGCAAAAAGAUUUUAUUUCCGUGCAAAAUUUGACCAGCACCAGGAGCAGCAUAGGAGAGACAAGCCUUUCGUUAGAGAUGUGGACAGCAUCUCUCUUGCGAGGGGCGGUGAUGUUAGUGUGUCACAGAAACCUUUUACCUGUGGGGAAUUUGGACAAGACAUGUUAACUGGGUCAGGACAUCUACAGCAACAGACUACUCCCACCAGGGAUAGAACAAAUGAAAUCUUGACAUCUGAGGUGAGUUUGUUUCACACAGGAGAAAGGCCUUAUGAGUGCAGUGAAUGUGGGAAAUCUUUUAGCUGUAGCAGUGCCCUCCGCAGUCAUCAGAGAGUUCACACGGGAGAAAAGCCUUUUGAGUGCAGUGAGUGUGGGAAAUCUUUUACUGGGAGCAGUGGCCUCCGUAGUCACCAGAGAGUUCACACUGGAGAAAGGCCUUAUGAGUGCAGUGAGUGUGGGAAAUCUUUUUUCAGUAGCUCUGGCCUUCAGUAUCAUCAGCGAUUUCACACAGGAGAAAGGCCUUAUGAGUGCAGUGAAUGUGGGAAAUCUUUUAGCUGUAGCAGUGCCCUCCACAGUCAUCAGAGAGUUCACACGGGAGAAAAGCCUUAUGAGUGCAGUGAAUGUGGGAAAUCUUUCAGCUGUAGCAGUGGCCUCCGUAGUCAUGAGACAGUUCACACUGAAGAAAGGCCGUACGAGUGCCUUGCAUGUGGAAAAUCUUUUAAGAGUAGCAAUGGCUUUCAAUAUCACCAGAGAGUUCACACUGGAGAAAAGCCUUAUGAGUGUAACAAAUGUGGGAAAUUUUUUAUCAAAAUCCAAGGCCUUCAUAAGCAUCAGAGAGUUCACACUGGAGAAAAGCCUUACGAGUGCAAUGAAUGUGGGAAAUCUUUUUCAAGAAAGGAAUCCCUUCGUUAUCAUCAGAGAGGUCACAGUGGAAUAAGGCCUUAUGUGUGUCAUGAAUGUGGAAAAUCUUUUACAAGUAGCACUGGCCUCCAUUAUCACCAGAGAUUUCACACUGGAGAAAAGCCUUAUGAGUGCAGUACAUGUGGCAAAUUUUUUACCAGCAGAAGUGCCUUGUACUUCAUCAGAGAGUUCACACUGGAGAAAGGCCUUAUGUGUGCCCUAAAUGUGGGAAUUCUUUUACUAGUAGCAAUGGCCUUGUAGGUCACCUGAGACUUCACACUGGAGAAAGGCCAUAUGAGUGCAGUGAAUGUGGAAAGUCUUUUACCAGGAUCCAUAGCCUUC